GAGCGCUGGGCCCUGGAGGUUCUGUGGCAGUUGGGGGCAUUAAGGGAGCUGUUGGCUGGAAUGUUGGGCCCUGGAGUUUCUGCAACAGGAGGGCAGCUCAUCUUAGAGGGGCGAGAUGUCUGAGGAAGGGGAUGAAGACAUGCCAAAGCUGAGCUCCAUCACCAUCACUGGAUGCAGUAUUCCAGACUUAGCCCCUGGAGCCAUGUGAAUACAGGAGAAUUUCAGUCCUCAUGGUUGUGGAGAAAAUCUUGAAAAUGUGACCCAAGUGCACCUGAGAGUCUCAAAACCACAAAGAUACGUCAAAUCCUGCCCAAGCUCCCAUUAGCAGAACACCUGUUUCACUGUGGACAACGCCUUCGGGACCAGUGAAAAAGGAAAAAGACUUGCCACCUACAGGAGAGAAGCUAGGCUGAUCUGAGUACAGAUUGCUCCCUUGGAGUGAUGAUCUGGCUCUCCAGAGUCCCUCAUACCCACAGCCAAGGACACGUGAAGAAAUUUAAAUUUGAUCACUUUUGGAGAGCUGGCAUCUGUGGGAGAUGAGGAGCUUUAAAGGGUCACUCCCAAUGGGGAAGAGUGAUAGCAAGAUCUGGCUGGCUUCUCUUCACUCGCUGCUGGAAAUAGCUGCAUCAAGAUCUAAUUUGGCUUCAUCCUACUUUCUAAGGACAGCCUUGUAUUCUGCUAAAGCUGACAUGGAUUAGAAGUGCACUGGCCCUAGGACUAAAUUGCUGGUGACCGAACAUUUCCUGAUUUUCCAGGCAUCAUGCUCAGUUCUCCUUCUGGGGAAGAUGAAUGUUGUCUUUGAUUUUUAUCCACUGGGUCCAAUGCCCCUCCCACUGAAGUCAACGAUAAAACUUUCGCUGACUGUAACAGAAGGAGUUAUAUACAAAAAUAUAGUCUGUAUUAAUCAAAAAACUUUGCUCCCUUUUAGCCUCUUUCAUCUGAUUUAUUUCAGUAAAUUUCAAACACCAUGGUCCUCAAAGAUAAUUUUAGCCCUGGUCUACACUAGGACUUUAGGUCAAAGUUAGCAGCGUUAAAUCAAUGUAAACCUGCACCCGUCCACACGAUGAAGCCCUUUUUUUUUUAAGGGCUCUUAAAAUCGAUUUCCUUACUCCACCCCUGACAAGUGGAUUAGCGCUUAAAUCAGCCUUGCCGGGUCGAAGUUGGGGUACUGUGGACACAAUUCAACGGUAUUGGCCUCCUGGAGCUAUCCCAGAGUGCUCCAUUGUGACCGCUCUGGACAGCACUCUCAACUCAGAUGCACUGGCCAGGUAGAUAGGAAAAGAACCGCGAACUUUUGAAUCUCAUUUUCUGUUUGGCCAGCGUGGCAAGCUGCAGGUGACCAUGCAGAGCUCAUCAGCAGAGGUGACCAUGAUGGAGUCCCAGAAUCGCAAAAGAGCUCCAGCAUGGACUGAAUGGGAGGUACGGGAUCUGAUUGCUGUAUGGGGAAAGGAAUCCGUGCUAUCAAAAUUCCUUUCCAGUUUUCGAAAUGCCAAAACGUUUGUCAAAAUCUCCCAGGGCAUGAAGGACAGAGGCCAUAACAGGGACCCGAAGCAGUGCCGCAUGAAACUUAAGGAGCUGAGGCAAGCCUACCAGAAAACCAGAGAGGCGAACGGCCGCUCCGGGUCAGAGCCCCAAACAUGCCACUUCUAUGAUGAUCUGCAUGCCAUUUUAGGGGGUUCAGCCACCACUACCCCAGCCGUGUUGUUUGACUCCUUCAAUGGAGAUGGAGGCAACACGGAAGCAGGUUUUGGGGACGAAGAAGAUGAUGAUGAUAAGGUUGUAGAUAGCUCACAGCAAGCAAGCAGAGAAACCAGUUUUCCCGACAGCCAGGAACUGUUUCUCACCCUGGACCUGGAGCCAGUAACCCCCGAACCCACCCAAGGCUGCCUCCUGGACCCGGCAGGCGGAGAAGGGACCUCCGCUGCAUGUGUUUCAAUGAUCACAGGAUCUUCUCCUUCCCAGAGGCUAGUGAAGAUUUGAAAGAAAAAAAAAUGCACUCGUGAUGAAAUGUUCUCUGAGCUCAUGCUGUCCUCCCACACUGACAGAGCACAGACGAAUGCGUGGAGGCAAAUAAUGGCAGAGUGCAGGAAAGCACAAAAUGACUGGGAGGAGAGGUGGUGGGCUGAAGAGAGUAAGUGGCGGACUAACUAAUAUACUCCAGCGUAUGGUUGAGCUGCAGGAAAGGCAGCAGGAGCACAGACCGUUGCUAUAGUCCCUGUGUAACCAACCACCCUCCUCCCCCAGUUCCAUAGCCUCCACACCCAGACGCCCAAGAACGCGGUGGGGGGGCCUCCGGCCAACCAGCCACUCCACCACAGAGGAUUGCCCAAAAAACAGAAGGCUGU